GGAAUGCAGCCCCAUGUCUGAGUAGUGCCGUUGAGGGCUCGACAGUCAGAGAGGACAGAGAAUGCAGCUUUGGGUUUGGGUGAGCCAACGUUGUAUGACAAACUUAUCCAUAAUCUUCGGUGUCCUCCUAAAACGUCUGAACAUUUGCAACCAAAAACAAGUGUCGUAUCAAGAAGGAGAUAAAGUAGCCGCGACUUCACUGCGGUGUUGGAAUAGCCUACAAGGGUGUCAGUGUGAGGCGGACAUCUUGGACUGACACACCUCUCGUGCUGUGCUGCUGGUCGGUCUGACUUUGUUGUGUUUGUGUGUGUGUGUGUGCUCACUGGGAUAAAUGAGUGGCUUGGCUGAGGAGCGCAGCAGUGUUGGAACACACAGUCCAGCCCAAUCAGCGGGAUGUCGUGGGCCAGAGGGUUCUUCGUAGCCAGAGUGGACGAGAGAAAGACGGCGUGGGGCGAGCGCAAUGGCAACAAGUCCAAGAGGACGGACGGCUCGUCCCUGUGCAACCCGCGCUACAUGAGCUGCCUGCGCGACUCGGAGGACAUGGAGCCGCCCCCUCCGGCGCCCCAGCACUACCACUGCGGAGCCGGGGCCAGCGGGGGCAACUUUAGCACGCGCUGCGUCUGGCAGGAGGACCACUACGGGAAGCAGGUGGGGGGAGCGGGCGACCUGGGCCUGAAGUCUGUGGCCCUGGGCUUCGAGGACGGGGAGCUGAAGGGGAGGAAAGGCCCGGGGGAGGCGGAGGAGGACGGCGGGGAGGACGGCACGGGCGGCUGCAAGGCGGUGACGGCGGCCGACUUCUGGACCAGGCUGGUGCGGGUGUUCCAGUCCAAGAAGUUCCAGUCGGCCAAACUGGAGCGUCUGUACCAACGCUACUUCUUCCGACUCAACCAGAGCUCCCUGACCAUGCUGAUGGGCGUGCUGGUCAUCGUGUGCGGAAUCAUGCUGGCCUUCCACUGCGUCCACGGCCACCCGGACGUAGCCUACGCCUCGGUGCUCUCCGUGGCCAUAGGCACCUUCCUGGCCAUGAUGGUGGUGUGCAACCGCAACGGCUUCCACCAGGACUACAUGUGGAUCGUCAGCUACCUGGUGAUCGGGGUGCUGAUGGUGGUGCAGGUGUUCGGGGUGCUGAUGGUGGCCCCUCGCAGCGCCUCGGAGGGGAUCUGGUGGUCCGUGUUCUUCAUCUACAUCAUCUACACGCUGCUGCCGGUGAGGAUGAGGGCGGCCGUGCUGAGCGGCGCCGCGCUGUCCACCAUCCACCUGGUCACCGCCUGGCAGCUCAACCAGGACGACAAGUUCAUCCUCAAACAGAUCAGUGCCAACGUGCUGAUCUUCCUGUGCACCAACAUGAUUGGGGUGUGCACCCACUAC